AGCAGCACAACACAGACCAAGAAACAAAAAUCCUUCAAAAUGUUCAAAUUGGUGGUGUUGUCUGCUCUCCUUGCCGUAGCUGUCGCUCGUCCUGGCCAUCUCUAUGAGUCUCCUGUGGUGUACUCCGCUCCUGCUGCCACAACCUAUGUCCAGGAGCAGGUUCUGGCCAAAGUGGGUGCCGUGGUGAACAGUGUCCCCACCUCGGUCUCCCACCAGAGCCAGUCGGUGGUGCACAGCUCGGCGCACGUUGUGGAGGAUGUCGUGGCUCCUGUGGUCAAGUCCACUCCGGUGGUUAGCUAUGCCGCUGCCGCUCCAGUGGUUCAUACCAGCUAUGCUGCUGCUCCCGUUGUCCACUCCACCUAUGCUGCCGCUGCUCCUCUGGUUCACACCAGCUAUGCUGCUGCUCCCGUUGUCUACAGUGCUGGUUGGUAA